UAGUACGGGAGGCCCGGAUGGAGGACGCUGAGCAGGACAGUUGUCAUGGCAGCCCGCUCUGGGCCGCCGCGGGAGCAGCAUUGGUCUUUAACAAAAGGAAAAUGGACGAAAAUAAAGGCACUGAUUCAAAAGAAAGUGGAGAAUAUGAAGAUGACUUUGAAAAGGACCUGGAGUGGUUAAUUAAUGAAAAGAAAAAAACUAGUGUCAGCAUAAUAGAGGUGGCUUGUGGGAAGGAAGAGACUAUUAACAAAGAAUUAAAUGAGAAUGAAACAGAAAUAGAGUGUAUGAAGCAGCUUUCUGAUCCUGACAAAUCUUUAAAGGAUGAGGUUUCACCAAGAAGAAAUGACUUCAUUUCUGUACCAACUAUUCAGCCUUUCGAUCCCAUAUCAGAUUCAGAUAGUGAAAAUUCUUCUCAGGAAUCCAAACCAGAAAGCCAGAAAGACUUGGAGGAGGAAGAGGAUGAGGAAGUAAGGCGAUACAUUAUGGAGAAAAUUAUACAAGCCAACAAGCUACUACAGAAUCAAAAACCUGUGAAUGAUAAAAGGGAACGAAAACUUAAGUUCAAAGACAAAUUAGUUGAUCUGGAAGUUCCUCCACUUGAAGACAAUGAUACUUACAAAAAUUAUUUUGAAAAUGAAAGUAGCAUGUCUGGAAAACUGUCACAGUUAUGUAUUUCCAAUGAAUUUAGGCAAGAAAAUGUGCUCCUAUCAUUUACUGAUGGAAGUUGUGAAGAAAACAAGGAUAGGAAGAUAUUAGUAGAGAGAGAUGGAAAGUUUGAACUUCUGAAUUUACAAGACAUUGAGAGUCAGGGUUUUUUACCCCCCAUUAAUAAUGCCAAUAGUACAGAAAAUGAACCUCAGCAUUUAUCACCCAGAUCACUCAAUUCAUCUGUCAAUGGUGUUAAAAAAGAAGAGCAUGUAGCAAAAAUUCAUGCUAUCGCUCACUCAUUUACAGAACCAUUGAAUUAUAUCCCUCAGCCACCAUCGAAUCCCAAGACACGUCCAAACUCUGGCCAUUCAGAUCGAAAUAAAUCAAAUCACAAGACACAGUCUGCAUUGUCCUCCAGUGACCUCACAUACUGCCUUUCGCCUCGACAGAAAGAACUGCAAAAAACAACUCGAACAAAGGAAGAAAAGUUAAAGAGAGAGGAAGAACAACGGAAACUAGAAGAAGAAAAAGAAAAGAAAAAAGAGAAUGACAUGGUAUUUAAAGCAUGGUUGCAAAAGAAAAGAGAGCAAGUCCUAGAAAUGAGGAGAAUUCAGCGAGCAAAGGAAAUAGAAGACAUGAACAGUAGAGAAAAUAGAGAUCCACAGCAAGCUUUUCGGUUAUGGCUUAAAAAAAAGCAUGAAGAGCAGAUGAAAGAAAGAAAGACAGAAGAACUAAGAAGGCAAGAGGAAUGCUUAUUCUUCCUUAGAGGAACAGAAGGCCGUGAAAGGGCCUUUAAAGAAUGGCUAAGAAGGAAACGGAUAGAAAAACUAGCAGAGCAACAAGCUGCCAAAGAGAGAACUAGACAGCUCCGACUAGAAGCAAAGCGUUCGAAACAAUUACAGAACCAUCUAUAUAUGUCAGAAGCCAAAUCCUUUCGUUUUACUGAUCAUUACAACUGAAAGUAUCUAUUAAAUAUUUCAUUUGGCAUCUGCCACCCCUCAAAAUUUUGGAUAUCAUUUCUUAUGGCCUGUGGGCUUUGGACAUACUAUAAAUUAUGGAAAUGGUAUUAAUAUUUUGGUGAUGAUGACAGUGAAUUUAUCUUUUUUUAAAAAAAUACUAGAACAAAAUAAAUUUCUUCUUUAACUCUGU